UAUUUUAGGGCCAACUGGGGGCUAUCGGUGCAAUGGAGUCAUCGGAGUGGGCUAUCCUGUAUGUUCAUUCAAUAAUUUAAAAUGCUUAAGAUAAUAUAUGCUGGGAAGUGGCGAGAUCUUUUAUAAAUUAUUCGUUUUAACAGAUUGAUGAUAAUACCAAAUAGAUUGAUUUGCAGCCUUUGUGUGUCCGCAACAGAUGGCCGAGCUGAAUAAUAGCAUACAAAGGACCAUAUGGCUGCAAAAUGCAAAGAAGGGCUGCAUAUGCAAAUGAAUAAAAAUAUAUCUCCAUGUCAUCUAUCACCUGCUAAUGGCUGGCAAAUUACAUCAUCACUUUGAAAUACUUUGCAAGUAAACCUUGUUGCGUGUGAUCCUCGCGAAAAGCGCGCGUUUUUCCGCGUAAACCAUCGACAACAACAAAAUUUGAGAAAGAUCAUUUACAUUAAAAUAAGUGAAAAAGAAAGCUAUUUUCUGUCCUCGCUGCGAAAGUAUUUCGUUUGAUAUAUGGGUGUAUUAAGCACCCACGAUCGCGUUAAAAACGCAGAAUUGUUGAACUCUGUGAUUCAUGAACAGACCACUGAAACAUCAACAGUUGAAGCUGAAAUUGAUGAAAGAAAUGAUCGACAGAAGCUGAGGCACUCUAAGGCAUGUUUGAAAAUGUCUCGUGCACCAAGACCUCAAUCAUACAUUAGGAACACUGGUAGAAAAGCAAAGGGGUGUGUUAAUUCCAGAAAAUUUGAAAAUGAUGUGUUCCUUUCCCACCUGAUUGAAACGGAGGACUUCUCAGAUUUAAGCAUAGCAGAUUUUAUGGUAAAAUCGACAUCAGCUUUUGAACAAUUGUUUGAGGAUCAGUCCCAAAUGAAUAGAUGGAGUGAUUUUGUAAACCUUAAAGGUGAAGACCAGGACAGGUACCUUUGUGACUUAUCUCAUCUUGAUUCUUCUCAAACUCCAAAUCAAUUAAACCAAAGAACCAAGACUAAUUCAGAUUUUCAAGUUGCUGAAAAGAAAUUUCAAAAUGUCGAUCACAAAAUUAAAUUAACUUUGAAAGGCAGAAAUAUAUCAAUGUCUGGACUGAAGUACUUUGAAGAAGAAAUGUUGUCAGUUUUUAAAGACAUGAACGAAACUGUUCUCAUAUCUCUGAUUCCAUCAAGUAUGGAUAGAUUGCUGAUUCACGGAAUUUGCCAAUACAUGAAUUUAUCGUCAGAGAGUCACCCAAGACACGUGGUUCAAAUAGAAAAUCUGAGUAACCAGUUUCAUCCACCGGAUAUGCUAUUGUCACAGUAUUUAGAACGCAUUAGAUGACGAACUUAUUUGAUAAUUUUAUAUAUAUCGAUGUUUUAGCAAUUAUACUUGACACAUUUUCAAUCUGUAAAUAUUGGAGUAGUCGUAAU